AUCACUUCUUCUUCACUCCCAAUCUCAAUAACAAAUUCAUCAAACUUUAGUGUUGAAUUUGAGUUCUUUCAGAUUACAUCAAUGGCCUCUUUUGCCUACUCUCUGCUUCCGUUCCAUUUAGUUAUUCUCAUCUCUCUGUUUCAUUUCUCCUCUGCAGCGAGGAGACUCACCCAAGACCAAGACCCUUCUUCAAUCUUUCAAUACCACAAUGGUCCUCUUCUUACUGGCAAAAUCUCAAUCAACUUGAUCUGGUACGGCAAGUUCAAGCCUUCUCAACGUGCAAUCGUCUCUGAUUUCAUCACCGCCGUUUCUUCCACCCAUCCCACCACAACAAACCAACCCUCUGUUUCCACCUGGUGGAAAACCACUGACAAAUACUACCACAUCGCCAAGACUCCUAAUUCUCUGUCAUUUUCAUUGGAUAAACAACUUCUUGAUGAGAACUACUCUUUGGGCAAAUCCCUCACAACCCAGAAAAUUGUGCAGAUUGCAUCAAAGGGAUCGCAGAAAGAUGCCAUCAAUGUCGUUUUAACGGCAUCGGAUGUAACUGUUGACGGGUUUUGCUCCAGCAGAUGCGGGACACAUGGGUCGUCCAUGGGCGGCUCUCAAGCUAAGAGAUCCAAGUUUGCUUACAUUUGGGUUGGGAACUCGGAAACUCAGUGUCCAGGCCAAUGCGCGUGGCCUUUUCACCAGCCCAUUUACGGUCCACAAAGCCCACCAUUGAUUGCUCCAAACAAUGAUGUGGGCAUGGAAGGUAUGGUGAUGAAUUUGGCUAGUCUUCUGGCUGGGACUGCUACGAACCCAUUUGGAAAUGGGUUCUUCCAGGGACCAAAAGAGGCUCCACUCGAGGCUGCAUCGGCUUGUCCUGGUAUUUAUGGAAAAGGGUCUUAUCCUGGCUAUGCUGGUGAAUUGUUGGUGGAUCAAACGAGUGGUGCAAGCUAUAAUGCAUAUGGUGUUAAUGGAAGGAAGUAUUUGCUUCCUGCUCUGUUUGACCCUGUAUCCUCAACCUGCUCCACUUUGGUCUAAACCAGAUGAUGAUGAUCAACGGGCGUAAACUAUGGGUAAUAGUUAGAGAAAUUGUUUGAUUUGUUUAUUCAUUUGUUCUUUAUAGCAGAUAAUGAGAACACAUAAUUGUUUGAUUUGUUGUUCUUUAAGUCACCGCCAUUUGUUCUAGGCUCAGGAAAUGUAUUGGUUGGGUGAGAAGUAAUGAAACUUUGCUUAUAUCUGA